UCAUUAACGUCAUUGUCGUCAUUCUCUCGCAGCACAUUUUGCAUGCACGAUUGCAAAUGUGGCUAUUUACUGUUUUAAAAUCUAAUUCAUCUUUCUUUUUGUAAAUCAUGACUGACACCGAGACCACCAAUGGUCCCUCUGGGGAACAGCCCCAAGAGAAGACCGCGAAACAACUGAAGAAAGAAGCCGAAAAAGCGGCAAAGUUGGAAAAACUUAAAGCGAAAUUGGAUAAGAAAAAUGCCGCGCCAGCUGUGCAGAAAGAUAAGCCAGAGAAAAAAGCUAAAGAAACAAAAGAAAGUGCAGUGUACACUGGCAAUACAGCACCAGGAGACAAGAAAGACAUAGCUGGGUCUAUGCCCGAUGCCUACAGCCCUCAGUAUGUGGAGGCUGCCUGGUAUGCCUGGUGGGAGAAGCAGGGCUUCUUCAAGCCAGAGUAUGGGCGAAAAUCAAUACUGGAUCCUAAUCCGAAAGGCAAGUUCAUGAUGGUGAUCCCUCCCCCUAAUGUCACUGGAAGCUUGCAUUUGGGACAUGCCCUCACUAACGCAGUCCAAGAUGCCCUAACUAGGUGGCACAGAAUGAACGGCCGCACGACUCUCUGGAACCCAGGCUGCGACCACGCCGGUAUCGCGACCCAAGUGGUGGUGGAGAAGAAGCUUUGGCGAGAAGAGAAGAAGUCACGCCACGACCUCGGUCGAGAGGAGUUCAUCAAGAGAGUAUGGGACUGGAAGAACGAAAAAGGCGGACGCAUCUACGAGCAGCUCCGUUCUCUAGGCUCGUCGUUCGACUGGACGCGCGCGCGGUUUACGAUGGACCCCAGCAUGUGCCGCGCCGUCAACGAGGCCUUCAUCCGCCUGCACGACGACGGCGACAUCUACCGGGCCAACAGGCUUGUCAACUGGUCCUGCACACUCAAGAGCGCGAUAUCUGACAUCGAGGUGGACAAAAUGGAACUCACCGGCAGGACAUUCCUCUCCAUUCCUGGAUACGAUUCUAAGGUGGAAUUCGGAGUACUAGUGUUGUUCGCGUACAAAGCAGAAGGUACUGAUGACGAGAUCGUGGUGGCGACCACCCGCCCGGAAACCAUGCUCGGAGACGUAGCGGUGGCCGUGCACCCUAAUGACGUCAGGUACAGACACCUUAUCGGCCAGAAUCUUAUUCACCCGAUCGUGGACAGGAAACUGCCCGUCAUUGCCGACGAGUAUGUGGACAUGAACUUCGGAACAGGCGCCGUGAAAAUAACUCCCGCGCACGAUCCCAAUGACUACGAGAUCGGCAAGCGGCACAACCUGCCUUUCAUCACUAUUUUCGACGACGAAGGAAAAAUGCUCGACAACUGCGGGCCGUUUGAGGGCAUGAAGCGUUUCGACACCCGUCGCAACAUCGUCAAGAUGCUGGAGCAGCUGAAGCUAUACCGCAAGACCAAGGACCACGCCAUGGUGGUGCCUCUCUGCAGCCGCUCCAAGGAUGUAGUGGAACCGAUGCUGAAGCCGCAAUGGUACGUUCGCUGUGACACCAUGGCCUCAGAAGCGAUCAAAGCCGUCAAGUCAGGCGAACUGAAGAUCAUACCCGAUGUCCACGAGAAGACCUGGUACCAUUGGAUGGAGAACAUCAGAGAUUGGUGUAUCUCCCGCCAGCUGUGGUGGGGACAUAGGAUCCCGGCAUAUAAGGUCACGUUGGCCACCCAGAAAAAAGACGAAGACUUCUGGAUAUCAGCACACUCCGAAGAAGAGGCUCGUAUCAAAGCAGCGAACAAAUACCAGGUGCCGGCCGACCACAUCACCCUGGCGAGAGAUGAGGACGUCCUGGACACUUGGUUCUCGUCCGGACUGUUCCCGUUCUCGAUAUUCGGGUGGCCUGACCAGACUGAGGAUUUACAGGCGUUCUAUCCUGGAACACUGCUGGAAACUGGACACGACAUCUUAUUCUUCUGGGUGGCAAGAAUGGUGUUCUUCGGUCAACGACUUUUAGGAAAACUACCUUUCAAAGAAAUCUACCUCCACCCAAUGGUGCGAGACGCGCACGGCCGCAAGAUGUCCAAAUCGCUGGGCAACGUCAUCGACCCAGUGGACGUGGUGCGCGGAGUGACGCUCGAGCAGUUGCACGCGCAACUCGCGGACUCCAACCUGGACCCCAAGGAGGUGGAGCGGGCCAAGUCUGGCCAGAAGCAGGACUAUCCCAACGGGAUACCAGAGUGCGGGACUGACGCGCUGAGGUUCGCCUUAUGCGCGAUGACGCAAGGCCGAGACCUGAACCUGGACAUCCUACGCGUUCAAGGCUACCGUUUCUUCUGCAACAAGCUGUGGAACGCCGCCAAGUUUGCGCUCAUGUACUUCCCCAAGGACACCGUCUAUGAGGUCCACACACCAAAUGUACCAGCCGACCUGGCUCCAAUGGACCGGUGGAUGUUGUCCAAACUGGCCCUCGCCGUGCAGAAGGCGAACGCCGGCUUCCAAGCAUACGACUUCCCGUCAGCCACUACUCAUUGUUAUAACCUGUGGCUGUAUGACCUUUGCGAUGUUUAUUUGGAGUACCUAAAACCAGUGUUCGCGCAAGGCACCGAAGAACAGAAGGCAGCGGCCAGGCGUACUCUCUACACCACCCUGGACUACGGCCUCAAGCUGCUCAGUCCCUUCAUGCCGUUCGUCACUGAGGAGCUGUUCCAAAGAUUGCCGAGGAAGGAUACGUCAUGCCCUUCCAUCUGUGUGGCCAGCUAUCCAACGGAAUCCGACGCGCCCUGGCGGUCGGAAGCCAUCGAAGCGGACGUGGAGACAGUCCUCAAGAUGGUGCACCUGAUCCGCUCCUCGCGGUCCGAGUACAACCUGGCCAACAAGCAGAAGACCACCGCGCACCUCAUCAUAGCGGAAGACUUGAAGGGAGACCAUUUAAGGGCAUUGUUCAGGAACUUGCAGUCAUUGGCGUACAGUGAACUGAGCGAUGAGAAGCCUCCGACUGGGUGCUCCAUUCUGACUGUAUCUGAUAAAAUUGAAGUGCAUUUAGUGCUUAAGGUAAUUCAGAUCCCACUAAAAACAUUCUUUAAUGUUGUAUGA